AUGGAGGAUCCGGCCUUUGACUGGAGUUCCCUCAUAGGGGAGGACCUCCUGCUAUGCAAAUCAGCCCUGAAGGAAGAGACGAAAGAGCAGAAAGGCAUCACACAUUUGGACGACAAGCUGUGUAGCAUUCGCACAAGCCAAGCCUUGCCAAAGUCCCUCAAGCUUGUUCUCCUUUACUUUUCAGGCCGCUGGUGUCCUGUUUGCACGGAGUUCGACAAUAUCAUGCGAGAUGUGUACACGGCUCUCCAGUCUUUUCCAGAACACUCUGACAUCGAGUUUGUUUGGAUCUCGUGUGACCUCUCCGAAGACUCCUACAAAGCGCAUUUGAAACGGCUGGGAGUUCUGAGUGGGGCAACUUGGUCGCCCAAACGACUCCAGGAGGCUGCGGCACGUUGGGAUUUAAAGGCAUUGCCUUCGCUUUUGGUGAUGGAUGCCCUCGAUGGGAGGGUGGUUACUGCAAAUGCCCGGAGAGAUGUUGAGGAUGCUUACGAUGAUGAGCAACAUGGUGCGAACAAGGGCUACUUGGGCUUGCUGUUGAGAUGGCUGGAGCUUCUGGAUGAGCAGCGUGCUGCGCUUGACGAUGGCUUGCCCAUGCGCUCUGAAAGUGGAAUUCAGGGGGACACCGCCGGUCAAAGUGCUGGCAAGGGCGAAUCUAGCGAGUUUGCUUGA